AUCACCCGUGUGUGUCCCGCCCGCCAGCUGGAUCAGCCCACCCUGCGAAGGAUCCUGGAAGCGGUGGGCUUGAGCCUCCCUGCCCGGCUCCUGGUGACCUCCGUCCGGGGAGGUGUGUGUGCAGGACUACCCCACCAGCAGAUGCUCUCUCUGGGUACCGCUCUUCUGGCCUCUCUAAGCUUAGAUCCACACAUGGCCUCUCAUCACCAGCUCCUCAGCACUGUCCCCCUCCUUCUGGACAUCAUCUCUAAAGGUCUGGACCAGAACCAGCAGACCCGACCUGGGCACAGUCCAGUGGUUUCAGACCUGUCAGAGGGUAGCAGGCCUGCCAGUGAUGCAGACAGAUGGUCUCAUCUUCAGGGAACCUCCCUUCUGGAAGAACCCAUAGCUGCAGACUGCUACCAGGUUCUGACAGCUGUGUGUGCCUUGCCCAAGGGCUCUGAGCAGCUCCUGAGCAGGGGAGCCAUCCCUGCUCUUUGUCGGGCGGUGGAACAGAACCAGACCCUCAGCUACCAGAAAGGCCUCACCUUGCUGGGGUGCCUUCUUUCAGGUAAAACCAAGGACAGAGCAUGGAGCAGACAUCCAGCAGAACUUCUGUCUCUGCUAACCAGACUCUCCACGGACUUCUGCCGGGCCCCGGACCCGACUCGACUGGGGAUGUGUGCCCAGCUGGUGCAGUUCCUGCCCCCAGCAGGGGUGGUGUCAGGUAGUGAGGCGUUGAGGGGGGCAGUGAGCCAGGUGUGGGCUGCACUGAGACCCACACUGCAGGCUAAGUUAACACCAAGACUGAUUGGACUGGUUCUGGUGCUCAGUGCCUGUUUACUGGACUUGUGUGGUUGGGAGCUGGCAGGACCACCCAAGUUCUGCUGCCUGUUGGUGAACCGGGCCUGUGUGGAAGUCAGGAUGGGAUUAGAAGAACCACCUGGGACGGAUGUGAGCUCAGAACUGCAGCACACGCUCACAGGAUGUUACCGGAUCAUGGAGGCUGCCAUGGAGCAGGCCUGCACGGGUGGAGCUGCUCCUCCUCUUCGCUCCUCUUCCUCGCCGUCCCUCAGCCUGCAGCAGAGCCGGCAGGUCCUCGGGGUUCUCGAGGAGGCCUUCUCCGCCGUGAUGUUCUACCUGCAGCAGGUGGAUCCCGGUCGCUAUGACGAUCCGUUCGUGUUUGCCACCUUUCGCUCGUUGUGCUCGUGGCUGGCAGAAGAGACUUCCUGUCUGAAGGAGGAGGUGACCAGACUGUUACCGUUCCUGAUUAGCUACUCACGGCGCCACCUGCAGGCUGGGAGCUUGGAACAGGGACUCUCUGAUUGGAUGGCCAUGGUGUUUGUGAGUGAGGGGGGCGGGGCGUGGACUGGCGGCGAGGCUCUGAGGUAUCUUCUCCCAGCUCUGUGCCACCUGUCCGCUGAGGAAGGUCCCAGGCAGGUGCUGCUGACCCUAGACGCUCCGGCGCUGCUUGUGGACUUCCUGCUGCAGACCUGGACCUCCUUAAAGGGGCGGAGUGACAGGGCGUCCUCCAGAGACCCGAGCAGAGAGACGGCGUGCUCCGCCCUCCUGAAUUUUACCGUCACUGAGCCGGAGACCGUCAGGAAGGAUCCGUGUUACAGAGCCCUGGAAGUUCAUCUGAGCGAAGCUCUUCCUGUUCUGGUGAAUAAACCCCACCUCCUGGUCUUAGGGGCCAAUUAUGUCACUUUAGGACUGAUGAUUGGCAGGCUGAAGUCUCCUCCUUCAGGCUCAGUGGAGGCGGAUCAGAAACGGUUCUUCACUGCAGCUUUGCGGUUUCUUCGUGGAGCCCUUGAGUCCGGUUCUGGUUCUGGUUCUGGCGUGGUUCAGGUGAGCGUGAGCUGGAAGGACAGCUGGGACGAAGCUGCAGAGCUCUGGCGCUUGUCUCUUCAGGUUCUGGGAGGCUGUGUUCGGACCUGGCCGUGGGUCGUAGGGCUGAUCCGGGAGGAAGGCUGGCUCCAGCACACCGUCAGCAUGCUGGCCCGAUGCAGCGGUCUGCCCGACCAGAACACACAGGUGGUUCUGGAGGAGGUGCUGUGUGCCGUGGUGGAGCGGUGCUCCGUCUGUCAGCAGGAGAUCAGCGAUGUGAUGAGGAGAGAGCAGGGAGGAGCUCUGAGCAGGAUGAGGAGUCUGAAGGAGCUGGUUAGACUGAAGUGAAGUUGGGACACAGAACCGGGCCGCUGGGGUUCUGCUGUGGGUCUGAUGAAACCUGCUUCAUUCUAACGGAUGACUCCACCGCUGCUCCUCCCUCCAUCCAGCAGGAAGCUCACUCAUUCACAGAUGGGGGAGGGUGUGGAGCCUCACUCAUUCACAACGACAAACACCUGCGGACACUCGGUCCAAAACAGAACAUUUGUAUAAAACCGAACAAUAAAAACAUUUAAAACGUGA